AAACAAACACAUUACAAAUAAAAAUCCAGAUUUUCUCUAACCCAAAACUGUACAUUAAAGUUUUUUAUGUACGACUACCUCAAGCUAAUGAAAUGCUUAUCUUUGUAUGCAUUCUUUUUUUGUUUCAAUAUAAUAUGGUCGUUUUUUUGUUCAACGAGCAUAAGUAGAGAAAUAUUUUGUAAAUAUUUAGUUUAUAUUUAGUCAUUGAUUAGAAUAGGUGUUAUUUUUGAGUGUAUUUAGUAAAGUGAAUUACAUUGAAUUUACAAAUAAAAUAAAUAAUUAUUUUAAAAUAUC